AUGAGUACUGCAACCAAUAAUAUAACCCAAUCAGUAGCACAGUAGUAACAGCAACAACAAUAGUAGAUUUCAAAGAAUAUGUUAAGUAGCGUUCCGAUGCAGCUCAAUAAAGAUUAGGCCUUGAUUUAAAAUACAGUGCAGCCAAAUCAAGCAAAUUUUCAGUUUAUAAGUCAUCGCAAACAAGUUUCUACAAAUGAAAGAUAAAAUUUUAGCAGCUCCCCUGUUAAAAUUACUAAUAAGGCAGCAGAAAUAUCACCUCUGGUUGUUGCUAACCCUUCUUAAUUAGCGAAACUAAAUUUGUUUUAGACCGUAAACGAUCCCUCCUAUUUUAAAAAAAUUAUAUAGGCACCUACAAGCGGUGAAAACAAUUAGAUAAUACCAAUAGGCUAACCUAGACCAUAGAAUUUAACUACAAAAUAUAUUCGAAAUUUCAGUCAGUUUUUGAUUGAGAUUUAGAAAAAUAAGUAAGAAAGUUAGUAUUUGUGUUCUCACUGCAAAGACUUAUUAUGGGAUCCAGUAAAAUGCACAGAGUGUCCUACCUACUAUUGUCACUCAUGCGCAAAUAAAAACUAUACAAAAUAAAAUAAAAAAUGCAAUACUUGCUAAAAGAUAUUAAUUACCAUUCGUGCAGGAGAAAAUAUUUUGAAAUAACUUUAAAAAAUUAAUUUAAUGUGCCCAAACAGCUUAAAUGGCUGCUAAGCUUACUUAUCUUACAAUUCAUUUGAAUUGCACUAGCAGGAUUGCAGGUUUAAGAAAUCUAAAGGUUCAGAAAAUUUUGUAAAACCCCCAAUUACCCAAGAAAGCAAAAAGAGAGAAUCAGCUCCAAUAAUUCCGAUGUCUGCACUUCCUACUACUAAAAAAGAAAAGAAGGACUUAGUGAGCUGUAUCCAUUGCUAUAAAAAUGUUUUAAGACAGCAAAUUGAAUAGCACUAAAAUUCAUGUCCUUUAAAGUUAAUCCCAUGCCAAUUUUGUAAAAAUGAAGUUCCAUCUUCUCAUUUGAGCGUCCAUGUUCAAUAUCGCUGCACGAAAACUAUUUUUUGCUCGAAAUGCUCUGUUAAUGUACCAUACGAGUAAUUUAACACACACAUAGGAAACUGCAGCAUGUAUCCUUCUAUUAAGUGUUCUUUUUGUGACCAAAGUUUUUACAAGUCAAGCAUUUCUGAUCAUAUUGCUGCCUGUUCUCAAAACCCUACUAACAAAUAAAAAAAAAUUAUGAAAUCUGAAAACAUAAGCUCUAACAAAAUGUAUAAUUUAGAAUUGAAUUAAAUCUAAAAUCCUAUAAGCAAAAGCUAACCUUAAAGUGUGAAUAGCCAAGCUUAGAAUAACAGUUUGCAGAGCGAUUAAAAUUCUCUUUUAAUUAAGGGAAUGACUCUAUAAUCGCCUCCAAGCAAAGUUUGUCCUUCAAGCGAAAAGCUUAAAUUCAUGAUCAAGGAAAAUAUGUAUAAAAUAAAAGGAAAAGCAGAUGAACAAAGCUUUGACCACGAUUUUGACUAAGAUAGGUCAAUUAGGACUAAAAUGAAUACUGAUGCUAGCUUGUCAACUGAAUAAUCCUAAAAUAACAUAAAUAUGCAUGAUGCUAAAUUUAAUUCUAUUUUUAACAAUAGUCUUUAAAUGAAUACUACCAUGCCUUUAAGUCCAUUACCCGUCCAAAGUAAAUUCAAAGGUGAUGUGUAAACAGGAGUUAUUAAUUUUUAGUAAAAUAUUAAUUAAUCAUAAAAACAAUAAACCAAUUUGAUAAAACUACAAAUUGAAAAUCCUGAAAACUAUUCAAGCAACUAAUAAAACUCCUACAAAAUAAAUAGCAGUAAUAAUAUAGGCGCAUCAUUACCAGGAGCUAUGAAUGCUUUUAUGUCUCCUCAAAUGACUUCUUCCACACGCCUUAACCAAGCCCAAAAGCUAUUCAAUAAUUAAAUAAAUCCUGCUUUGAAUACUAUCCUUCAACAUUUCUUGAAUAAAAAUGAUAAUGGUGGUAGAAGCAAUAGCUUUUAAGUACUAAGCACAGCUCCUUCAGCUAAGAUUUAAUCAAGUUAAAAUCUUGAAACUAAAUCAUGA